GUGCAGACACUCACCCGAAUGUCAAAACUGUUGUUGUUGACGUUGCCGCUGUGGAUCGUAUACCUUUGCAACCCUAGAGUUUUCUUAAUAUCACUGUUGAUACUGAUAUGUCUGUUAUAAGUCCUACUGAUAAGCUCAUUCGUAAAUUGCGUAAGAAGCUGCGUCAAAUUGAAAAUCUCGAAUUUCUCGGCCGCUCCAAUCUAAAUGAAGAAGAACUACUGAAGGUCAAACAAAAAAAUGCCACUAGAACUGAACUUGCUAAAAUUUUAAAACAAGUUGGGGAAACUUGUGUUUUUCCCAAACCUGAAGUUGAUGUUAAACAACAAGAAACAACAAGUAUUUUCGUACCAUCAGAGAGAACAGACGUAGUAAUAACUCCUGAGAAGAAAACUAACACUGAAAUAACUACUGAAAAGAAAAUUGAUGCCAAAAUAAAUCCUGAAAAGAAAUCUAAAAAUGAAACAGAGAAGAAUCCCACAUCUAUACCACUUUUAGAAGUGCCUUUACAGUCUAAGAAAGUAAAGCCCUUAAAAGAUCUCCAAAGUAACACACCCACCACCAUUUUAAAUCCAACCAUUACUGAAACAAUGAAGCGUCCAUCAAUUGAGGAAAGUACAUCUUCAGCGAGCCCAGAGUCAUCACCUGUUAAUAGCUCACAGACAAAGAAGCCUAAAGCAGAAAUCCCUGUAUCACAAGAGCCUAAGAAAACUAAGCCCAAUAGUAUGCAAAAGGAAAUAAAAAAAUCUCCUUCCACCAAAGCUUGGCAUGAAACUCCAUUUCUUCUGAAUAUGUUGGAAUCUCACAAUGACAUUGUAUGUUGUGUUGACUUGGAUGAAAACUACAUAAUCUCUGGAAGCCGAGAUACCUUGGUUCAGGUAUGGUGCGCAAAGACUGGCUCUGCAUUGAUGGACUUGCGUGGACAUACGAAUACGGUUACUUGCGUUUGUCUCUUGUCGGCAGAAGAAUCGAAAAAUCUAUGUGCAGUUGCAGUGUUGUCUGGAACUACUGGCGAAGAAGCAGGUCCUAGAUUGGCUCUUUCGAGUUCAUCAGAUUGCUGCUUGAAGCUUUGGAACUUGGAAAAUGGCUCGGCUUUGCGUUCCAUUUACACAUUUAGCGCAGUUACGGCUCUUUGUUACUUGCCUGCUCAACAGUGCUGCGUCGUAGGAAGUGAAGGAGGGAAGCUAGAAAUCUAUUCAUUUCUUGAAGAGAACACUCAUGCGCUUUUUUCAAUCAAAACUUUUGAAAGUUCCGUAUCUUAUAUAAAGCUACAAGGUGACAACUUAAUCUGCUCGUCCCACGAUGGUUUCAUUAGUGUGUGGUCACUUAAAGGAACAGAACUGUGCCGACUCUUCAAAUCAGAUGAUCUGGUAUCUGAAACUGGUGUCAGAAUCUACUCUCGACCAAUUCUCAGCCUUGCCGUGAAUUCAACUCAUCCAUCAAUUUUCUAUGGCGACGAAGGGGCAAGUGUCAAAAUGCUAACAUGGAAAACAGGAUUUGUGAAAAAGCUGCGAAAUCACGUUCACGAUUUCGGGAUAACCAAUGCCAUUUACGUAACUAAAUCAUUCCUUCUCUCAUCUUCCAUUGAUCUUGAUACGGGAAACUCUUCCGUUAACGUCCGAUCUUUACCCGAUGGCAAUUACUUGGGCACUUUGAAUAUUACUGGUGUUGGGCGUAUUGUCUGUCUAGCCGCCACAGAAGACACAACGGACCAGUCUCUUCGAUUGGUUGUUGGAGGGACAAAAUUAUUAUUACUAGAAACAAGAGGAAUUGGAUGUCGUCGUUCUCCGAAGAAGGACAGUGUUCUCAAUCCCCAAUUCAUAAAAGAACUAAAUUUACCCGUUGGGGAUUCUGAAGACGAUUCCAGUAGUUCUUCUGACGAGGAAUUUCUGCAAGAUCAAGAAGAAUUAGCUAAUUCUGAUGAAACUGAUGAGGCACACAAUGAAUCUGCACAGAAUAGCUCGUGGUGCACUAUCCUCUGAUAAGUCGAGUAUAUUUUGUUAAAUUUUUUAACUGGUCCAUAUUAAGAAUCAAAGUAUAAAGCUAUUAAUAAUUACUUCAUCUUGCUCAACACUUUAAAAUUUAAAACGGGAAAGAAAAGAAAA